AUGGCAAACCCUAACCCUUCAAACAUCGAAAUCAGCGAAAACGAUGAACUUCAACAGGACCAAGAUGGGGAUUUUGCCAAGUACCUUGCACAACUAUUAGCCUCGAGUUCUAAUCACAACGCUGCCGGAAUUGCCGCUCAAACAGAAUCGAGAGGUGUGGCAGAGGAAGGUGGAGAGAAGCGGAGAAGAAUUGGAGGACCCAAAACGUCGUCGUGGGUUGGAACUGGCAGCCCAGAAGGCUCUCAAGGCAGUGAAUGGAAUCGGAGUGAAAUCGAUGGCCUAUUUUGCUCUAUCUGCUUGGACGCUUGGACCAAUGACGGCGAUCAUCACAUCAGUUGCCUUCCCUGUGGACAUGUAUACGGCAUGUCUUGCAUAACAAAAUGGCUACAGCAUAGAAGUUCCGGGAAGUGUCCUCAAUGCAAAAAGAAAUGCAAGUUGGAGGAUAUUAGGAAGCUUUUCGUAUCACGGGUUGUUUCUGUUGAUGAAGAAGCACGAGAUAGGAUUCGAGUACUUGAGGAUAAAUGUGCUUCUCUUGAGGAGAAGGUUGCUGAUUAUGCCAAGAAAGAAGCUGACCGUCUACAGAAAGACACCGAGUUUGGAGCCUGUUUGGGAAUGUUUCUGGAAAAUCUAAAAGUUCAACCCUAUGAGUUAAUGAGGAGUCUAGAUGCAUCUUAA